CUCAUUUCCGCGAUAAAUUUCCGUUAAACCCUGAGAUAUAAAAGGAAUAUCGGUGAAACUAGUCUCAAAUAGUAAUAAAAAUAAGUGUUCAUCAUGGAUAAUCUCAGAAACAUUUGGAAACCCGAACUCUAUCGCAUUCAAUUAGAAGCCCCGAAGCCGCACCGUAUAAUAUGUGAGAAUCGUCCCGAUAAGCCUGAGUUUUACGGCAAGGAAUACCACGGCAUUAUGGGUCACAAAGAAGCUACUUUACGCUUACAAAAUGAGCCGAAUGGUGCAUAUCUUAUUAGAAGAGGAAACGAUUUCAAUGACUUUUACACCUUAACAUGGAGGUUCAAUGACAAAAUCCACCAUUACAAACUAUAUUACGAUGGCCACCAUUACCUCAAAGACAAGCGGUAUGACUGCAUCUACGACUUGGUUGCAGAUGGUCUUAUAACAACGCACAUGGAGCUUAAAGCUCGACACAUCCUGGAGAUGAUUAACUCUCGGGCAAGUUAUACAGAGAGCCCGUAUGUUACAUUAAACCGACGGAAGUUGACCACUUUGCAAAGAAAGCAGCAAGCGAACAGACAACUCCCAAUAACGACUACCGACAACGCAAGCACCUUAGAACUAGACAAGAAGCUUGUGUUAGACCUCACACCAUCGCUUGAAGAAAACCCUCUGCUACAAAGCAAAUACUCUAAAAGCCAUACAUUUAAGGUUCACACAUUCAAGGGCCUGAAUUGGUGUGAGCUGUGUGCAAAUUUCCUGUGGGGCUUCACAGCGCAAGGGGUAAAAUGUGAAGAUUGCGGCUUCAUAGCCCAUUCAAAAUGCUCCGAACGCGUCCCGAACCACUGUGUCCCGGACUUGAAGAAGAUCCGCGGCGUCUUCGGCAUAGAUCUGACGACGUUGCUCAACGCGCACUCUAGCACGUUGCCUUUCGUCGUGCGCAAGUGUGUGAGCGAGAUAGAAGCUAGGGGCAUGGACUCCGAGGGGAUCUAUAGGGUGUCGGGCUUCGCUGAUGAGAUUGAGGCGUUGAAAAUGGCUUUUGACAAAGACGGUGAAGCAGCCGACCUGAGCCAGUUUAGCAACAUAAACGUGGUGGCCGGCACCCUCAAGUUGUACCUUCGGCUGCUGCCCGUGCCUCUCAUCACCUACGAAGUGCAUCCCAAGUUCGUGCAAGCCACGCAAAUGAAAACCCCGUCAGACCAAGUGGGCACGUUGCGGGAAUGCUUAGACCUUUUACCGAAAGCUCACUACAACUGUCUGCAAUACGUAGUGCAACAUUUAUACAGAGUAUCCCAAAUGUCCGAAGUGAACAAGAUGGGCUCCCACAACCUGAGCACCGUACUAGCACCAACGCUAGUAGCGACGCCACCGGCCGUCACCGACUUGUCCUUCGAGAUUCGUGCCCUGCAAGCCCUCAUCGACUACUGCCCUGCCAUCUAUUAUCAGAACAAGUGAAUAGCAAACAAGAUGGCGUCACUAGUAGCCACUCCCCCGGCCGUCACCGACUUGUCCUUCGAGAUCCGCGGUUUGCAAGCCCUCAUCGACUACUGCCAUCUAUUAUCAAAACAGUUGAAUGACAAACAAGAUGGCGUCACUGGUGGCCACUCCCCCGGCCGUCACCAACUUGUCCUUCCAGAUCCGCGCUCUGCGAGUCCUCAUCGACUCUUGCCCUGCCAUCUAUUAUCAAAACAAGUGAAUAAUAAUUGUUACUGUUAGUUGAAGCGCGAUACCUCUUCGCCACGGGUACACUACACCUGUCAGAGUUGUGGUCGUGUUUGCCGCUCUGGCUUGAAUAGUUUGUUUAGAGACUUGCAGGCCGAUGAUGUGGUUGAAGUCGUAAAUAUCUUCAUAUACAGUUUAAAAAAAAGGUUUGCGGGUUGACUCAUUAGUGAUCAAACAUGUUUGAUCUUAUUCGAGUUAGUUACUAUUGGCCGGUUAUAUUCAUAAUAUUUUAAUUAAAUGACUGAGGACUGGUAUGUCUAUAAGUUUUAUAACUGUUCUAUUUUUAAGCAUACUUAGGUAAAUAAUUAGGAAGUAAGGUAUUAUAAAACUGAAUUAACGUCUAAAUAUUAUAACCAAAGGAAAUUAAAGGCGAAAUGAGUGCAAUUCAUAAUAUUGUUGAUAAUCUCAUAGAAAUUAAGAUACAUCAUCUUCCUGUUUAAAAUUGUGAUAUUACACUAUUGGUCUUUUUAAAAGAUUUCGUUCGACCAUUCCAGGUUGUGUUAAGUUAGGUUACACUUAUUAAUCUUAUUAGUAAUAUACCAUAAACAAAUUAUUCCGUAAAAGUACCACUUUGUAGGUAAUAAAGACAAGAAAUACAUAUUGUGUCUCACUCUCUCAUCAAACUAAAUGGGAGACGCAAAUACAUAUUGCAACAUGACAUUAAACAGAUAGGAAACCACUUUAUGUUCCGUUUUCAAUCGAGAGGCGCCAUCUGUAGUGUACAUUUGGCAGUUUUAAAAUCCAUUGGAUCUUGGAUCUCACUAUGCUAUUUCAAUAGUAAAUUGAAAAAUGCAUUUAACCCUUUUACGACUAUGUAUUCAAUCUUUAAGAUAAAAUAUUAUACUAUACAUAUACACCAAUGUAUGUAUUUUUAGAUUAUUUUAUACUUUUUAUAUUUAUGUAAUCACAAUACUAAUGAACUGAAGUAUUAAAUAAAAGUAUUCAUCACC